AUGCUCUGCUCUGUAUCUGUGUCCUUUGCCCAGAGCAUUUUCUCCUACAGUUACUUUGCAGCCAUUUUGGAAGCCAGGAAGGAAUGGACAGGAGACUUGGCAGAGUCAUGGGCUCUUGUUGUAACCAAGUCCCACAAGACAAUCCUGAGACCAUCUCUGGCCACUUCUGAACACACCUGCAACUGCUGCUCAUGGCAUGUAAUAAACUUAAGUUCUCUGCCCUUGAUUUGGCAUAGAGGGGCAAGUGACGGCAUGAAACUCCUGGAGUUGGGAUCUAGGCUGGUGUUUGGAAUGCUUUAUCCUGCAUAUUAUUCAUACAAAGCUGUGAAAACAAAAAAUGUGAAGGAGUAUGUUCGCUGGAUGAUGUACUGGAUUGUUUUUGCCAUCUACACUGUGAUUGAAACAGUAGCUGAUCAAAUAGUCGCUUGGUUUCCCUUAUACUAUGAGUUGAAGAUUGCCUUUGUCAUAUGGCUACUUUCUCCCUACACCAAAGGAGCAAGUUUAAUAUAUAGAAAAUUCCUUCAUCCACUUCUUUCUUCAAAGGAAAGGGAAAUUGAUGAUUACAUUGUGCAGGCAAAGGAGCGAGGCUAUGAGACCAUGGUGAACUUUGGACGGCAAGGUUUAAACCUGGCAGCUACUGCUGCCGUCACUGCCGCUGUGAAGAGCCAAGGAGCAAUAACAGAGCGUUUGCGCAGUUUCAGUAUGCAUGACUUGACAGCUAUCCAAGGUGAUGAGCCUGUGGGACAAAGACCAUAUCAGCCUUUACCAGAAGCUAAAAGGAAAAGCAAAGCAGCCCCCAGCGAAUCAGCAGCUUAUGGAAUUCCACUGAAAGAUCGAGGUGAAAAAACUGAUGAAGAAGGUCCAUAUUCGGAUGAUGAGAUGUUAACACACAAAGGGCUGAGAAGAUCCCAAAGCAUGAAAUCAGUGAAAACUGUCAAAGGCUGCAAGGAGGUGCGGUAUGGUUCCCUAAAGUACAAAGUGAAGAAGAGACCACAAGUGUAUUUUUAGUCUACACUUCAAAUAUCCCAAGAUAAAUAACGCUAAUAAGUCAGUUUGGGCUGGGAGGUGGAGCUCAUUUUCUAUCAUGAUAAAC